AUGUUCAGGUUAUUCAGCGACUUUCCGGAAUAUAAACAAAUAUGGCCACAAUUUCGUGGUAUUCCGGAUAGCUUAAUUAUAACAGCAAAUGAAGUGAAAGGACAUGGACUGGUUUAUAUGGCCGGGCUUAAAUCUAUUAUUGAUAACAUAAAAAAUGAAGAGAAAUUGGUGAAAACGAUAAGCAAAAUUACUCUUGCACAUUUGAAAUGGCACAUUUGCAAAGAUCACAUCAUGAACAUGCUAAAAGAAGUGAUCGUAAUAUUGCAAGCCGAUCCUCACUGUCAAGGAAGAGAUGUGGAAGAAGCUUGGUUUACACUGUUUGAUGUGAUUGGGAAUCUAGUGGACAAAUUUAGCAAAUAA